AGUUACCAGAGCAUGUGGAGAUGUAUACGGAGUUGAUACCGUUAGAGUGCAUCGGACCCCACUCUCUGACUUCAUCUUAUCGCGUUGCGCACCGUCAGACCGGUGAAUAUUUUGCUAUGCGUCGUCUGCACUCGUAUGCCUCGAUUCCCAACGCUCGCAUUGAUCUCUGGAAGCAGUUGGAUCAUCCCAAUGUGGUUAGACUCCUGGAGUGCUUCCCCACCGCAGCUUUUGGUGAUAACUCUUUGGUGAUGGUGUAUGAUUAUCACCCCGGCUGCGAGACGCUGAUGAGCAAGUACAUUCGCAACAACAACAUGGGGAAUUCAUCUGACGCCAAUGGCACUUUACAUGAUCCAUUCUCAUCUGAUCCGGAUGCCCCGCGUCCUUAUACUCAUCAGAAAAACGCGAUGCUUCGUGCUUUGGCUUGCGGUGCAUUACUCCCGGAGGCGGUUCUGUGGAGUUUCCUCGUGCAGCUGACU